AUGACCCGGUCGACUGCACCACCGGUCAAUGCACCUCCGCGGCCGCCGCCAGAACCUGCAUACGAGAGCACGCCCAUCACGUCCGAACGAUCCCUACGACAGCUGUCCAUAUUCGCCUUUGGCGCUGCCAGUUUUCUCGCUGCCACGGCCAUCACUCGCCGCGCCGUAUACAAACGCCACCUCCGUGUCAAGCCUACCUUCUAUGCCCCGAACACCAACCCGCACGAGCACUUCAGCCCGCUGCAUGACGCAGCGCAAGCUCUCAACCUGGCGACCAUGCACUGUGUCAGCUUAGCUACGAUGGGGCUGGGCGGCACGAUGUGGGCAUUCGACAUAGCAAACCUCCAGGAAGCACGGCAACGACUCAGGGGUCGCCUGAACUAUGACACGAUAUACCAGCCAGGCGAUGCGGUACCUGACUCCAUAAUGGACUUGCUGGUAGCCGCGCAGGAAACGGCCAGUACGGAGGACGAGACCAACAACUCAGACACACCAGAAAAGUCUCGAUAA